AUGUUCCCCAAAUUUUCGGAUCAGCUUGGUUUCCGCUUAUUUGCACUACAAUCACGAAGAGUUGUCAUAAGACAUGGUUCCCGCAAAGAUUGUGGCAUAGUUGUUGAACCAAAAUGCGACCCAAAAAACCCGGAUGUCUGUAAGGGAAGAGAAGUGAAAGUUACCGGUAGAGCGUAUGUUAUCCCCAGGGAGGAGAACUCGAUGUGGGAGUAUCCUGAAUGCUGUGCGAAUGCUUGCCUCGACUUGCCGGCACGUAUGGAUGAGCUCCACUAUAAAAUGAGUGAUAAGUUGGUACGCCAGUACUCGCAAACAUGGGCAGCUUGCCCUCCGCUUCGGAUAAGGGAAACCGUGAUAUGUCCAGAACCCUGUGAGGCAAUACCUUUACCAUCGAGACCUAUACGAAAGAAGGGAGAAGGGAAUUCUAGUGCUGACAAUCCACAACUGGCCUGCCCACAGCCGAAAUUGCAAGGAUUGAUAGGGUGCAAAGACGCUUCAAAACACUCAUGUCCACACUUUGAAUUAAAAGGAUGUGCCCCAUCCCGUUCCCCACCGAGCUGCGGACCAGAUCAAAACAUAUUAAGUAAAUGCAAAAAGGAGCCGACACCGUAUCCAUGCUUUUCAGAAUGCCAACGUCCUAAACCUGAUCCUCUCAAUCCUACCGAAUGUAAAUGCAAUGACCCAUUGCCAAUGUGUUUAGUGUGGGAAGAGUUUCGGAGACGCCUUUCUAAGCCUAAGCCUAAAGAGCAAGAUUAA